CCAAUGAGGCAAAACAAAUAUUAUUCAAUGAUAUAUCACCUUUAGUUACGUCAUACUCUACAAUAAAGUGGAUAAUAAUAUUGAUAACUAUUGGAUUUAUUAGCUUAGUUAAGAAUGUCCAAGUGAAUAUAUCACUUACGAGAAGAAAAAAAACCGCCGACUACUUCAGCUAAACAGUAUAACAUAAUAGAUAGAACAUAGUCACUGCUUUACAAAAGGAUAAAAUCUCUAUAACAGAAAAAAAUACAAUGUCUUCCGUCAAAGUUGCUGUCCGUGUUAGACCAUUUAAUAGAAGAGAGAUUUUAAUGAACAGUGAAUGUGUCAUAUCGAUGUCGGGCCAAUCUACAAGUAUUAGAAAACCAAACUCUAAAGAACCUUCUAAAGUAUUUGAAUUCGACUACAGUUACUGGUCACAUACAGAUAAAUCGGAUCCAUUAUACGCAGAUCAAAAACAAGUUUACAAUGAUAUUGGUAAUGAUGCUCUUAACCAUGCCCUUGAAGGAUAUAAUGUAUGCAUAUUCGCUUACGGUCAAACAGGAUCAGGAAAAUCUUAUACAAUGAUGGGUAAACCAGGUGUUGAAGGUCAAGAGGGUAUUAUACCACAAUUAUGCCGUGAUCUUUUCAAAAGAUUAAGUAGAACAACUUCUGGUCAAAUUAUACAACAUAUGGUUGAAGUAUCAUAUAUGGAAAUUUAUUGUGAACGUGUAAGAGAUUUACUGGAUCCAAAAAGUAAAGGAAAUUUACGUGUAAGAGAGCAUCCUAUUCUUGGACCAUAUGUUGAAGAUUUAUCAAAAUGUGCUGUUAUCUCAUUUGAUGAAAUUAAUGAAUUGAUUGAUGUGGGUAAUAAAGCAAGGACCGUUGCUGCCACCAACAUGAAUGAAACAAGUAGUAGAUCGCAUGCUGUCUUCACAAUAGUUGUAACACAAAAAAUUGAAGAUUUAUCGUAUGGUACAACAAGUGAGAAAGUCAGUAAAAUAAGUCUAGUUGAUUUGGCUGGAAGUGAAAGAUCAGAUGCUACAGGAGCAACUGAUAUUCGUUUAAAAGAAGGAGCAAAUAUAAAUAAAUCACUUACAACACUGGGAAAAGUAAUUGCUGGAUUAGCUGAUAUGAGCUCAAAACGAAGAAAGAAGAAUGAUUUUAUACCAUAUCGUGAUUCGGUACUUACCUGGUUAUUAAAAGAAAAUCUUGGUGGGAAUUCACAUACAACAAUGAUUGCAGCCUUAUCACCAGCGGAUGUAAAUUUCGAUGAAACUUUAUCGACACUACGUUAUGCAGAUCGUGCUAAAAGUAUUGUAUGCAAGGCAAUUAUCAAUGAAGAUCCAACAGCAGUUUUAAUUAGAGAAUUAAAAGCUGAAGUAGCACGUUUAAAACAAAUUCUGAAGAUGGAAGAUCAAAUGAAAACCUCUAUUACCAUUGGAACUUCACCUAUAUCAAAUCAACAUUCUACAGAAACAUUUAUAUAUGAAGAUGAAACAACUUUAGAAGCAUUAAAGGCUUCUGAAAAGUUAAUUGCUGAAUUAAAUGAAACAAUGGAGAUGAAGCUUAGAAAAGCUGAAAUACUCAGAGAACAAAGAGAAAAUGAAUUAAUGGAAAUGGGAAUAGCUAUUCAUGAUGGUGGUGUCAGAGGUGUAUUUUCUCCAAAAAAUACUCCACAUUUAGUGAAUCUUAAUGAAGAUCCAGCCAUGUCAGAAUGUCUUAUUUACUAUCUUAAAGAAGGAAAAACUGUAGUUGGCCGAUUGGAAUCUGAAUCAGGAGUUGAUAUUGGAUUAAGUGGUCCACUUAUUCAUAAUGAACAUUGUAUUUUCUACACUGAAGGAAGCAUGGUUGAAUUUGAACAGCUUAAUGAAGCUGAAUGUUAUGUAAAUGGAAGUCUAGUUACAAAACGCAUUCAACUUCAUACAGGAGCUCGUGUGAUUUUAGGCAAAAGUCACGUGUUUCGUUUCAAUCAUCCACUUCAAAGUCGCGAAAAAAAGAAUCUUCCCGUCGAUAUGUCAACAAGUGUUACAGAACCAAUUGACUGGAAUUAUGCCAUCAGUGAAUUAUUAGAAAAACAAGGUGUUGAUUUAAGAAAAGAAGUUGAAAAUCGUCUAAUACAACUAGAAGAACAAUAUCGUCGUGAGAAAGAACAAUCUGAUCGUUUAUUUGCUGAACAGAGAAAAGAGUAUGAAGGUCGAAUACAAAGUUUGCAAGAACAAGUUGAACGUCAUUCAAUGUUAGAAUCUACAAUUCAGGAAGAAAUAGUUGGUGAAGUGGAACAUAAUGAAACUAUAUAUGAUUGUAAAUGGGGAGAUCGUGAAUAUGAAUUAGCUCGAUGGGUUUUUAAUAAAUGGAUCAAUCAUCAAUUUACAUCACUACGGGAUCAAUUAUGGGAAAACGCUGUCUAUCUUAAAGAAGCAAAUGCACUAAGCGUAGAACUAAAUAAAAAGGUUCAAUUUCAAUUUGUUUUAUUAACUGCUACACCAUAUACACCUAUUCCAAAUGAAUUAAAUCCUUUGGAUAAAUUAAAUUAUGAUUCAUGUGAAAAUCAAUGUAGUGAAUGUUCAUCUAUACAAAGUUUACCAGAAAUAGACAAUGAAAUGAACCAAUUAUGUAAUUCAUAUUGGUAUUCAUUAGAAAGAAUCUAUAAAAAUAAACCAAAAAAUUCAACUAUUUUAGUUAUAGAAAUUCGUGAUCUUUUAAGUAAUGCAAUACAAUAUUGGAGUUUGAGUACAUUUCAACGUCGUCUUCAAGCAAUGCAUGAUUAUUAUGAAGUAGAGACAGCAUUUUCUCCGACAUUGAAAAGUAUUGAAUAUAAUACAUUAAAUGAGAAACCGUAUAAUUCCAAUGAUAGUGAAAUGUCAUUUAAUGACAUUAAAAAGGAUCCAUUUCGAAAUGAAUUUCCUUGGUAUCAUAAAAUUGGCAGAGGUCUGUUAUACUUAAAGAAUCUAUACUAUGGCAUUCCAAUGACUAGUCAAGUCACUUUGUUAAAUGAACAUAGUUCAAUAACUGGUAUUUUAAAUAUUGAGGUUCAACCUAUUCUCAAUUUAAAUCGAUCAGAAAAUAAAAUGACAAAUGAUCAAGCUAAUUGUCAAUCUGAAGUCAAUGUAAAAACAAAUGAAUGUAAUGAAUUGGAAAUUGUAUUUGAUAACUUACAAUAUAUUAAAUGGCGAUCUUCAAUGUCAACUGAAAAUAGUUUUAAAACAAAUAAUUAUGAUAUUAAUGGAAAAAUUGUUGGUAAAUCAAAAGAUAAUUGUUUAUUUGAUCAGAAGGAAGGUUUUUUGAAUAAACAAUUCAGUGUUUAUGAUAAAGAUAAUGAACUGAAAUGUAGACGCCAUUGUCAGUUUUCUCAUGUAUCAACAUUGACCGACCAUCAAAAAUCUAGUGAAGAAUGGCUAAUGGAUUCCUUACAAUUCUCAGAAAAUGAUUUACCUAAUUUUUUAAAGCUUGGUGAAAUAUUCAAAUUUCGUAUUAAUAUAUUAAAUGCAAAGAAAUUCGAUUCAUCUUUUACUGAUGUUUUUUGUCAGUAUAGAUUUCAACAUCAACAUAAUGAAGUUUUUUCAACGGAUACUGUACAAUAUAAUAUGGAAAUAGAUGGUGUUAAUAUUAUGCAAUCACAAAAUUUCAAGGUGAUAAAUACCGUUGGAUUUCUCGAUUAUAUUCUUAACUAUCCACUGGAAUUUGAUGUUUAUGGACAUUUUGUUGAAAAAACCGCAGAAGAUCCUCAAAUACCAAGUACUCAAAACGUUUUGAAGUGUUAUCGACAUUGUGUGCCUCCAACCCUUCCGAGUUCAGCUCCUGUACCUCCUUUACGUUUAUCCAAUUCAGAGACAUUUAAAAGUUCUGAAAUAGUACAACGUUAUGAUAUACUUGUAUGGUUUGAAAUAUUAGAAUUAAAUCGUAAUGGAGAAUACGCACCUGUCCCAGUUGAUCGACUAGACGAAACACCAUGUCAAGGAGUGUUUCUUAUUCAUCAGGGAAUUCAAAGACGUCUAGCAAUAACUUUGGUACAUGAAUUUCUUGAUCCAAUAAAAUCUCAUAGAAUAGACAAUCAACUGAAUUGUUCACAAACAUGUCUUUUUCAAGGAAUACAUGAAGUAGUCGUUGGUCGAGUACGUGAAAAUCCUGAAUGGUUAGAUUCAGAUGAACAUACACAUAUCUUAUCACUUUCGUUAUUGCCCGCUCAGCAAAUACAUGAAACAAGCAGUGAUCGUAUAUCGUUUCGAUUUGAAGCCGCAUGGGACUCAUCACUUCAUGCUUCAAAUUUAUUAAAUCACGUUACACCAUACGGACAACGUGUCUACAUGACAGUGUCAUCCUAUUUGAAAGUAGAUGGUUGCCGUCGACCGGUUUGUAUGACAAAAGAUAUCGCAAUGAUUGUAUUGCCUAGAGAAUCUAAAUUUAUGACGCCAAGUCCACGUCUUAUACCAAAUCCUACUCGUGCUAUACUUAGGUCUUUAUGGUCGAUUUGGAGUGCAUUUUCCAAAAGCUUGGAAGCAAAUCAUGUCACGUCUGUAUAUGAUUUACAGCUUGGACACACUUCAUCAAAAAAUCAAAAUAUUUAUAAUAAAUCAGUCAUGGACACUAGUCUUACAUAUGUUAGAGGUGAGGAAAAUAUAAAAGGCUGGAGACCAAGAGGAGAUUCUUUAAUUAUUGAACAUCAAUGGGAAUUGGAACGUUUUCAUCGUAUUUCAUUGGUGGAGAAAACUAGACAAUUGUUGAAACUUCGUGAAAUUUUAGGAACUACACAGAAAUUAAUUUCAAAUUGUUAUAAUCGUUCUGAUACAAUUAAAGCAAAAUUACCAGAUAACUUGAAUUCUUUAGAAAAUUCUUCAUUAUCCCCUACUAAUAAGUCCCCUUCUCCAAAAAGACCAACAUCACUUGAUCUAACAAAUAAAAGAGAAAAUAAUACAAAUAACAAAGAUUUGAUAAGUACAUCAAAUACUGAAGAGAUUAUAAAGCAAGUUAAUGAAAAUAGCUUAACAAGUCAUCAAACUGAAAUGUCUAAGAAUCAUUUACUCAUAACGAAAUGUUUAACCGCACUAACUAAUUAUAUGCCAAUUAGCAAAUGUUUAAUCCGACAUUUUGGAGUUACAACUAAGAAACCAUAUCUAAUUGACUCUAUUACUAGUAACAUUUCAACAUUGAGUAUAUCAAAAUCAGAUAGUGAUUUUCAUUCGGAUGAUAAUAAAAUUAAUACACAAAUGGAUAUGAUAGGCAGUGUGUAUUCUGAUCAAGCUGCUGAAAUGAAUUUUAGAUCAUUCAGUUCUGGUAUACCUAGAUCAGCCACAACUGAUUCAAUUCAAAAUAUACUUACCGGAGAAAGUUACUUCUCAUCAAGUUAUUUAGUUGGUGAAUGUGAUGAGGUUCGUGUUAGCCCAGUGAUUAGUCGCAAAGGAUAUCUAUUAGUGCUAGAGGAAAGAACAGCUGGCUGGUUACGUAGAUGGGCUGUUGUCCGUAGACCUUUCCUGUAUCUAUAUAAUCAUGAAAGGGACUUUAUUGAAAGGGGCCUUAUAAAUUUAACUACCUCACAGAUAGAAUAUGAUAUGAAUAUGGCGUAUAUUACAAAAGACGAUUUAUUAGAUGAUACAAAAACAAAUUCUGUUCAUUUAAUUUCUAAAAAUGAAUCAGUUAUGUCGCCAACAUCAUUAUUUCCAAGUAAAGUGAAUAUGUUCACGUUGAUAACGAACACGCGAACAUUAUUAAUACAAACAAUAACAGAAGAUGGUUCAGAUAUUCAUGAUUGGCUAUAUGCACUUAAUCCUUUGAAAGCAGGUGAAAUUCGUUCUCGUUUAGGAAGAAAAAGAAGAACAAGGAAAUUAGAUAAAUUGGAACAUUAUAGUAAAUAAAAAGACACACAAUCAUUGUCAUAUAUAUAAAUACACACACUUACACACUAACAAAUAUACUUGAUUAAUAAAACUGAUGAGAUAUUUAGAGAAAAGCCAUUAAGAAAACAAAAAAUUUAAACAAUACAAACUUUCGCUAUUUAAUUAAUUAAUUGAACAAGUUACGAUACAUCUAUUUUAUUUUUGACUUCUUAUGAAUACUCUGAAAUGGUUGAAUAAAGCCAUUUCACAAAUCUUCAGAUUUCAUCAAAAGUGUUUUUUCUCCCCCCCUCCAAUAAACUACAUUCUAUAUAUUUAAUUAUUUAUUCAUUUAUGUGGUUAAUAAACUAUCAGUAAAUAGCAUGGCAAAGAAGUCAUUAUAUUUUUUCAAUUGUCCCCCAUGUUUAUUCUUGUCUUUUCGUAUUGUUUCAUUUCAUCUAUUUUCAAUCAAUAAUAAUGUAUUUUGAAUUAUUUUUCAUUGAAAUGUGAUUUAAUUCCAAUCAUAUUUAUCUCCCAUAAAAACCACAUCCCCACGCCCUCCGCCCCCACCCCCGCGUGCGCACACACACAUACACAAAAACAAAACAAAUCUGCAUUUCUUCGUCGUAUAAACAUUUAAUCAAUUUUAAAUAAGAAAAAAAGUUUUUGUUUUAUGAAAAAAAGUUCACUGUCUAUAAUUUGAAUUAUUUUAUUGGAAAUUAUAAAGUAAACAUGUAUUUUACAAUUUAAUUUGUAUUAUGAAAUGAUUAUGUAACCCAUGUGAAUAUCAAUGUUUACCUUUUAUCUUAAAGAUAAUAUUUGUUAAAGUGUUGUGAAUUUAUUAUUAUUAUUUUGUUUGUUUGUUCGUUUUUGUUUCAUUUCGCUUUAUAAUUUGUUUUUUGUUUUUUCUCCUUAUUAUGUAAUCAUGCAGUCAUGAAAUGUAUUACAUUGUGUAAUUUAUAAAUUCUUAUGAAAUUUCAAUUUAAACUAAAUCUUUCUUAUCUUUGUUAAUUGAAAUCUUUAAUUCGAAUAUUUAAUAAUGAUAUACUUGUUCGAUUACUUAUAUUGUCAUUUAAAAAUAACAAUUAAUUCAAUGCUUUUGUGUAAACUUAUUUUCUUUUGUUCAUUGCAAUAUCAAUAUAGAUAUAAAAAUAAUUUUAGAAACUCCUUUAAUAUUUCUAAUGUCUUUUUGUUAGUAAACAUUAUUAGCAUUGAUCGAUUUAUGAUCUCAAUUUUAAGGAAAAACUCAACAUUCCUCACAACUCUAUACUGAUCAUGUGCUCUCUAGUGAGAAACCGUGACCAGUGAAGUUAAUCCAUAUAGGUUGUGAGAUAAUUA